GACACACUCAAUAUUUAUAGUUCUGGUUAAACCCAUUUUAAUUUUAUUUGUGCGAAGCGGUCCUCCUGCAUAUAUAACUGGCUUAUAAUUUUACAUUCUGAGUCGUUCAUUUUUACAGCUGUGUUGACUUACCUGCUUUCAGAUUUAUUCAGGUAUUGACAGCUAAUGAUUUAAGAUGUUGAUGUACCAAUUGGUGAUUUUGUGUCUUACGGUUUUAGCUAAAACUUACGGUGUUCUCUAUAAAGACCAGGAUGAAGUACGGGUAGUUCUUGUUGGGAAAACCGGUGUUGGGAAGAGUUCCCUUGGUAAUGCUCUGUUGAAAAUGGAACUUUUUGAAGCACAUGGUGGUUUUAAGUCUGUAACCGAAAAAUCUACAAGGGCAUCAGCCGAAGUUGAUUUUCCUGGAUUCGGUAAAAAGAACUUGGUGGUCGUAGAUACACCCGGAUUAUUUUGUACCAAAAACGCAAAUGAUGUCACCGCUGAGGAGAUCGGUCGGUGUGUUGAGAUGUCGUUACCUGGUCCGCAUGUCUUCAUUUACGUCAUCAGUGGCAGCGAAAGAUUCACAGAUGAGGACUUUAACACGUUUGUCCAGUUACAAGAAAGAUUUGGUGGUGACGUCUUUCGUCACUUGGUCGUUGUUUUCACCAAAGAAAAACCAUCUGAAUUUACAGACGAAUUGGAAGAUAUUCUCGAAAAGUGUGAUAAACGGUAUGCAUAUAUCAACACGAAAACACCCCAAGGUCGUCCCACAAAGGAAGUAGACGAAAUUUUGGAAUUGAUUUUGAAAACUGUUCAAAUGAAUCAUGGUAAACACUACACAAGUUUUAUGUAUAAACAGGCCGCAAAGCGCAGGGAAGAGGAGAAGAUAAGAAAGGCACAAAUGGAAGAGCAGCAAAGAGAACUGGAAUAUGUACGUAGAAGAAAUGCAGAAAUAGAAGAGGCCAAGAGGCCUUCCAAAUUGUCAUCCUAUGUUUUAAUGGGGCUCGGUGGUGCUGGGGCCAUGCUUACUGGAGGUAUUCCAGGUAUUGUAAGUGCAGCCGCAGGUUUGACAGGUUUGGCAGAUUUUACAGGUUUGGUAGAUUGGUGUAGUAAGUACAUAUACUAACACAUCUAGAAAUGGGCUGACUUGAAAGUUCCAGAAUGUAUUUGUAUUCAACCAGUUAAUCAUAAUGUAGUCAGGGCCAUAUUUUCCCAGAAAAUAUCAAAUUUCUCACGGUGCUUAUUUCGAUUUGUAAUAAGGUAGAUACAAUUCCCGGCAUUUUCCAUUCAUCUGCUGAACCACUGGCUUUUUAGCAUGCAUAUACAUAUACAUUUGUAAAGCUGAAAUGUGUCCUACAACUAAGUACAAGGACCUAACCAAUAUCUUUGGACCUAUUAGUGAGUGUGGUAGUGAUUAUUAAUUGAAAUAGAGGCGAUAGGAUAAAUUGUCGGAAGGGAGAUAACUACUAUAGAUUUUAGUUUAGUUUAUGACAUGUUUUAAGCGUGCACUAAAACAUUUUAUGACAGAUUUUAAGCACGCACUAUAUCAUUUUAUGAUACAUUUUAAGCACGCACUAUAUCAUUUUAUGAUACAUUUUAAGCAUGCACUAUAAGAUUUUAUGAUAGGUUUUAAGCAUGCACUAUAACAUUUUAUGGCAGGUAUUAAGCACGCACUAUAACAUAUUAUGAUGGUGACAUUUUAAGCAUGCACUAUAACAUUUUAUGAUAGUGACAAUUUAUGAUAGGUUUUAAGAUAGGUUUUAAGCACGCGCUAUAACAUUUCAUGCUAGGUUUUAAGAUCGGUCUUAAGCACGCGCUAUAACAUUUUAUGAUAGGUUUUAAGCACACACUAUAACAUUUUAUGGCAUGUUUUAAGCAUGCACUAUAACAUUUAUACAUGUGGUUACAUGUUGUUUUAUCUGUAUUUAUCGUCUUAUAGUAUUUUAAUCUUUUGCCUGUUGUUUAUUGCUUGCAGUGUCUGUGUAGUUUGCCGUGUCCGCAGGUUUGUCUAUCGGUUCUGUCUUGCGUUUAGUGCGGAUCUCAGCAUAUAGUAUUAUAAUAAUAUAUCUUAUCUAGUAUAAAAUAACUAUAUAUUUUGUUUUAGAGUUAUGGGGAAUGAUAUCCCAGUUAUACAAUCAAUAUUAUUACAGACAAACUAUUUGGAUUGAUUAAGAAUUGUUUAAAAUUGUUUAAAAGAAAAUGUUAUUAAUUUAUUAAUUUACUACGUUUCGAUUCAUUUUUCAAACCAUACAGUUAAAACAUCAGUUUUUGUCACCACUUACUACCCGUCACUUGAAAAUUGCUUUUGCCUUGAUGUUAUAAUUUAUAGAAAUAACAAUUCAUAUAGAAAUAUUUAUUAAAGUGAAUCAAGGAUUAUUUUGGGUUUGAUUUUGUAGGGGCUUCACGGCAGAAAAAUAAGGUUGUGUUUUAAUGUCUAUGAAAUUUUUUUUUAUAUAUACUCUUCCAAAAAAGUAGGGGAUAUUGAAAAAUACCUAUGCAGGUUGUGAUAUGAUAAAUAGUCAUGGACACUUGACAUGCUUUGAGAGUAUGUUCACAGAUGAAGAACUUAUCGCCCUAACAGAACCACUGAGCUGCAUGUGCGAUACGCAAUAGCGCCAUACACGUGGGAGGGGUUCAUUGUCAAAUUUGAUACUUCAAGGAAGGGUUGGUGAAAACUACCGCUUGCUGGUUUAUACUAUCCAUGUUUACUUUCCUAUCGGUUCUUGCAUAAGAUUUUCUGUUUAGCGUAUCUUUGCUUUAGUGUGUUACUUUAAUUUGAUCGGAAGACGUGUUCGUCGCCGUCAACGUCAACCGACAACACGGCAAGAAUUGGCCGUGGCACAGCAAGAAGAGUGGGUCAGAUUGCCCCAAAUCGUGAUUGGACGGUUGAUUAGGAGCAUGCCACGACGAAUAACUGAAUGUCUGAGGAUUGGUGGAGCAAUUACUCAUUAUUAAGACAAAAAUCAAAAACGUCCAUUUUCACUUUUGACAAUGUAUCUCUUUGCAAGUGAAAUGGGGCCGUCAGAUAAGCCGCCCAUAUGAACUGUUUAUGUUCAUGUGUAGGCAAUUCGCCUGUUAUUAACAUACACUGGUUACCUCUAAUAGAAACAGCAGUGCAUUUCCGCAGUUUGUAUUGUUUCUGAAUAUCCCCUACUUUUGUUGAAGAGUAUAUAUAGUCAUAAAGUAAUGGGUAAUUGUAAUUAAUUACUUUUGAUGUAAUGGGUAAUGGUAAUUAAUUGCAUUACUAAAAAUGAGAAAGUAAUUGUAAUGAUUAAAUUUAAAAAGUAAUGUGAUGGAAAUGUAAUUAAUUACAUUGGCAGUGUAAUGGCCCCAGCCCUGCUUUGUUGACCAGAAAUCAUUUGUGUUAUUUUGAGUUAACUCUGUAAAUAUUCUGUUAAUUUUGACAUGUGUUUAUUAAUAAAAUACUUAAUUGAUAGUAACUUUGGUAUUUAAAAAUAAAUGAUGUUUCACCGAU